CGUACUAUAUAAACUCGCUUCUCCCUCCAGAAGACAUCACUCAGUCGAUCACCUCUGUAGAUCCUGGUCCAUCCCAGCGAUAUACACCACCAACGAUGAAGGCCUUUGUAGUGUGUGCUCUUCUCAGCCUCGCAGCUGCUGACCAACGCCCUCCUUCCAAUGGGUAUGGAGUCCCUCCAGCUCCUCCAAGCAACGGCUAUGGAGCUCCUCCAAGCAAUUCCUAUGGCCCACCUCGGAAUUCCUACGGAGUAGAUCCUCUUGCUGAAUUGGCCCAGAACAUUCCUGGAGGCGGAGUUCCUGGAGAAGACUACCCUAUUUUGGCCUCCGUCCCCGACACGUUUCUCCUGCGAUGCUCAGAAUACUUCUACUCAGUCAACGAGCAGAUUGGCGUCGUUGCCUACGACCCUUAUGGCAGAAGUCACAACGGUAACGGUAAUGGCAACGGUAACAAUGGUUAUGGUUCAAAUGGCAACGGAAAUGGAAGAAAAAACAAGAAUGGUAAGAACAAUGGAAAUGGCAAAAAGAAUGGAAACCAGAAUGGUAACGGUUAUGGUUCCAAUGGCAAUGGCGCACCUGCCCUUCCUAGCAAUGGAUAUGGAGCCCCAGCUGCUCCUAUGAAUGACUACGGACCACCAGCUGCUCCUAUGAAUGGAUAUUGA